AUGAAUGAUGCUACAAAUCAACCACAAAUAGUCGAAGGCGACAUCACACAACAAACCACGUUUGUCAACCGCGUCGCAGUACGAGUACCACCAUUUUGGAAGGGUGAUCCGAUGAUUUGGUUCGCACAAGUCGAAGCCCAAUUCGACUUAGCCGGAAUCAACAUCGACACGACCAAAUAUAAUCAUAAAAUUUGCGCCGUUGACACUGAAAUACUAUCACAAGUAGCAGACAUAGUACAGAAUCCGCCAGCCAAUGAAAAAUAUGCUAAAUUAAAAAACCGACUCGUUGAAUUGUACACAGACAGUCAAGAAUCGAAACUACGCAAAUUACUAGGCGAUAUGCAACUUGGAGAUAAAAAACCAUCCAUGCU